UUUGUUAACCCAUUUGAAAAUGUCCAAGAGAGUAAGAUUAAGGUGCACACCAUCACCCUGUCACAUUCGCCGACGGUACUCAGCUGUCCCAGCGCGUCCAUAAAGCCCUGGAGGUCAGUCUGCAUUAUAUUGCCAGUGGCUGCUGCACCCCAGUCUGCAUCCUCUGAACCUCGAUUCACAGCCAGGAAACUCAGAGUGAUUGUUCCAGCAUUCCAAGAUGGCAGCCGCUGCAUGAGGAGACCGGUCUGCAGGUCAGAG